AUGGCUUCCUCAUCUAUUAAAUCUUUUUCUUUUAUCCUUGCUCUCACAACUCUCUUUGCAAUCUCGUUGAAGCCAUGUUAUGGCCAUAAUAAAACCCACUGGAACACCGCCGGCAUCACUUGGUAUGGCGACCGAGAAGGCCCUGGCUCCACAGGAGGAGCUUGUGGAUUUGGUGAUGCAGUGGCAAAGCCCCCGUACAAAUGUAUGGUAUCAGCCGGAGGACCUUCAUUGUUCAAAGAUGGAAAGGGUUGUGCGGCAUGUUAUAGGCUUAAGUGCGACCAUCCCUUUUGCACAAAAAAGCCGAUCAAGGUGAUGAUAUCGGAUGAGUGUCCAGGCUGCACGAAGGAGUCUGUCCAUUUUGAUCUUAGCGGUAAGGCCUUUGGUGCAUUGGCCAAACGUGGCAAGGGCGAUCAAUUACGCAACCUUGGAGAACUUAAAGUUAGUUACAAACGUGCAUGUUGCAAACACCCUAAGACUAAGAUAGCUAUCCAUGUGGACGCCGGAGCAAAUCCUUACUACAUGUCUUUCACCGCUAAGUAUGCAAACGGCGACGGGAACUUCGCCUGCAUCGAGGUCCAACCGGCUGGAGGAAAUUACAUAAAGAUGGAGGAAAUGAGAUCCGCCGUUUGGAAACUAAACUCUGGUUCUCCUUUGAAAGGUCCGUUCAACAUCAGGCUUACCUCCGCCGUGUCUGGUAAGAAGAUCGUCGCCAAAGGUGUUAUCCCGGAAAAGUGGAGUCCUGGUGCUAUUUACCAUUCCAAGGUUAACUUCCCCGUUCCAAAGAAACACAAAUGAUUUAUUUUUUUCUUCCCCCCCUAAACGAAUUGUAACAUUUGAAAUCAAAAGGGCGGGGGUUAUAUUAACUUUGUAAUCGAUAGUACAUAUACUAAUUUGAAAUUCUUGAUAUGGGCUUAGCGUUGUUGUCAUUCGGCUUAAAAAAGGCCCAUUAUUUUAUAAACAGAAGCCGGUUUGGUUAACCUUUCAACGUGGAGCAUAGUAGAGUCAUAGACCGGAUCGGUUUAUGAGAGGCGUUUAAUUUUAAUUU